AUGACUCCUGCAAUAGCAAAGGCUGGUGUGAUUUUCGGCUGGAGAGGUAAUUGGCCGGGAGUUAUCGUAGCUGUAAUCUUGUCAGUAUGUAAAAACGUACAGAAAGGUAGGUAUUUCAUACAAUUGAAGGCCGAAUCUGUGACAGGGAUAGUUGUGGCUGAUACACUUAUUGAGGAUGAUGAGGCAGUAGAAGUCAACAUUGUACCCGAAGUUGAUGUAGUCGUUGACACUGACACUGAAGUUGGCAUUGACGAAGAAGUACUUCGCGAGUGUGCGGUGGUUGAAGUUGAUGUUGGGCUUUCAUUGCUUUUUCGCGGAUCUUUCGCGCUACUUGAGAUCGACGGUGACGUGGGAAUGAUCGUCGAAGAUAGAGCUAAGGAGUCAUCGCGCUCCUUAAGCCUAGUAUCCCAUGGUGCCGCGAAUACCCAUUGA